UGGGGAAUUAAAUAAACGUGCCUGACUGACUUCUUCUCCUUCUCUUCCAUAACAACAACACUACCUAAAAAAGAUGCCAGCUCCAUUAUUAGUUAUUGCUACAAAAACACAUGCUUAUCUUGAUUAGGAGAGUCUGAGGAUAAGGCUGAUCGAGGAAGAUGGAGGAAUUAGAUUACUUAGCUAAUGAAAGAAAAUCAGCUAAAUUUGAUGUUGAAGCUAUGAAGAUUGUUUGGGCUGGUUCCCAACAAUCUUUUGAAAUUUCUGACCGGAUGUCUCGUAUUGUUGCUAGUGAUCCUGCCUUCCGCAAAGACAAUAGAACAAUGUUGCCCCGUAAGGAAUUAUUCAAAAACACUUUGAGAAAGGCAGCUCAUGCGUGGAAACGGAUCAUUGAGCUCCGCCUUUCUGAGGCAGAGGCAGCCAAGUUGAGAUUUUUUGUUGAUGAACCUGCUUUUACCGAUCUUCAUUGGGGCAUGUUUGUACCUGCUAUAAAAGGACAAGGCUCCCAGGAACAGCAAGAUAAGUGGUUACCGCUGGCGUAUAGGAUGCAAAUAAUUGGAUGCUAUGCACAGACAGAACUCGGCCAUGGCUCUAAUGUUCAAGGACUUGAGACAACCGCUACAUUUGAUUCAGAAACUGACGAGUUUGUCCUACACAGUCCUACCUUAACUUCAAGUAAAUGGUGGCCUGGUGGACUGGGGAAAGUUUCAACUCAUGCUGUUGUGUACGCCCGUCUUCUAAUUAACGGAAAAGACUAUGGGGUGAAUGGUUUUAUCGUUCAACUACGGAGCUUGGAUGAUCAUUUACCUCUUCCAGGCAUCACUGUAGGGGAUAUUGGAAUGAAAUUUGGAAGUGGAGCAUACAACACUAUGGAUAAUGGUGUUCUACAGUUUGACCAUGUGAGAAUACCUAGGACUCAAAUGUUGAUGCGGGUUUCUCAAGUUACGAGGGAAGGAAAAUAUGUGCAAUCUGAUGUGCCGCGGCAGCUUGUCUAUGGGACUAUGGUUUAUGUGCGCCAAACUAUUGUAGCAGAUGCUUCUUGUGCUUUAUCACGAGCAGUAUGUAUAGCUACAAGGUACAGUGCUGUUCGGAGACAAUUUGGUUCACAGGAUGGAGGGCCCGAGACCCAGGUGAUCGAUUACAAGACUCAGCAAAGCAGACUCUUUCCUUUGCUGGCUACAGCAUUUGCUUACAGGUUUGUUGGUGAGUGGUUAAGCUGGUUAUAUACGGACGUGACUCAGAGAUUGCAAGCCAAUGAUUUCUCCACAUUGCCUGAGGCUCAUGCAUGCACUGCUGGUUUAAAGUCUUUGACUACUUCCACAACUGCGGAUGCAAUUGAAGAAUGUCGAAAACUAUGUGGUGGUCAUGGUUACCUAUCCAGCAGUGGACUGCCCGAGUUAUUUGCUGUAUAUAUUCCUGCUUGUACCUAUGAAGGAGAUAACACCGUUCUGCUUUUACAGGUUGCAAGGUUUCUCAUGAAGACUGUUUCUCAGCUGGGUUCUAAUAAAAAACCUGUUGGAACGACGGCUUAUAUGGGAAGAAUUGAGCACCUAAUGCAGUGUCAAUGCAAUGCUCAAAGAGCCGAGGAUUGGUUGAAGCCUAGUGUUGUGAUUGAGGCUUUUGAAGCGAGGGCUGCUAGGAUGUCUGUUGCAUGUGCUAAAAAUAUAAGCAAAAUGCCAAGCCCAGAAGCAGGCUUUGCCGAGCUCUCUCCGGAUCUAGCGGAAGCUGCUAUUGCUCACUGCCAGUUGAUUGUUGUUUCCAAAUUCAUUGAGAAGUUGCAACAAGACAUAGCUGGAAAAGGGGUGAAAGAACAACUCGAGGUUCUCUGCAGCAUAUAUGCUCUCUCCCUUCUUCACAAGCACCAGGGUGAUUUCCUUUCCACCGGAAGCAUUACCCCGAAGCAAGCUUCACUUGCAAAUGAUCAGCUCAGAUCACUUUAUGCUCAGGCUCGCCCAAAUGCUGUUGCACUAGUUGAUUCAUUCAACUACACGGACCAUUUCCUCGGCUCGGUUCUUGGACGUUAUGAUGGGAACGUGUACCCAAAACUGUAUGAAGAGGCAUGGAAGGACCCACUCAAUGACACAGUUGUUCCUGAUGGUUAUCAUGAAUACAUCCGUCCAUUACUGAAAAACCAACUUCGAACUGCAAGGCUCUGAAGUCACAAGUUGCAAGUAAGCAACCACAUAUUGAAAAAACAUAGAAGUUUAGUGAUUGGUUAAGUGCGAACAUAUUGAAAAAACACAAUGCUUCAAAAAAGAAAAAAUAUAUGAAAAAAUAAAUAGUGAUUGGCUAUAUUGUAAUUUUUUUAAUAUGGAGAAAGCAAUGCUAUGUGCUGCUAAGAAUAGAGAGAGUGCUAUGAGUCAGAUUUAAGUUAGCAAAGGUUUUGAAUGUGUUGAUCAAUUGGAACUUGUCUAUCCUCUUUAGACUCAACAGGAAGAGAAGCAAUUUAUAAGUUGGAUCUUUUUUAGACCUGUGUUUCAAAUGUUACCUAUCUUUUUUUUUUGGAAGCAUAGUGUUACCUAUUAGUAAAGUUGUCCCUUUUCCCCC